CGCUCUCCCCGCUAACUUUCCCGAGCCCGGCCGGCGGCGCAGAGCUCUCGGGCAGCUUCGCGGCCCACUGCAGACCGAGGGCUGCGAACGCAGCGGUGCCCUGUAUCCAAUUCUCGCGCCCCUGGCGCGCUCCGGAGCGAACACAGCGAUGUCCGGGGCUGGGGACCGAGGCGAGGCGCGGGCGAGAUGGCUGGGCGCUGGGCUUUUGGGUCUCCUCCUACUCCCGGUGUCGCUGUCGCUGGAGGUGUCUGUGGGAAAGGCCACCACCAUCUACGCGGUCAACGGCACGGAGAUUCUACUGCCCUGCACCUUCUCCAGCUGCUUUGGCUUCGAGAACCUCCGCUUCUGGUGGUCCUACAACAGCAGUGAUACGUACAGGAUUCUCAUAGAUGGGACUGUGAAGAAUGAGAAGUCUAACCCCAAGGUGAAGUUGAAAGACGAUGACCGCAUCACUCUGGAGGGCUCCACUAAGGAGAAAGUGAACAACAUUUCUAUUCUGCUGCGGGACCUGGAGUUCAGCGACACCGGCAAAUACACCUGCCAUGCGAAGAACCCCAAGGAGAAUUACCUUGAGCACCAGGCCACCAUCUUCCUCCAAGUUGUUGAUAAAUUGGAAGAAGUGGACAACACGCUGACGCUCCUCAUCCUGUCCAUCGUGGGCGGCGUCAUUGGGCUUCUCAUCUUCCUCCUGCUGGUCAAGAAGUUCAUCACCUUCAUUAUCAAGAAGACUCAGGAGAAGAAGAAGGAGUGCCUCGUGAGUUCCUCAGGGAAUGACAACACAGAGAAUGGGUUGCCUGGCUCCAAGGCAGAAGAGAAACCACCAACAAAAGUGUGAACCCCUGCUUGGGGCCAAGCAGCCUCCAGGAACCCCACUUUCUGAUGAGGAAACUGACGCUUGAGCCGUGUCUGUGAACCCAUGUGCCUGACACAUCUGCUGCUUGGCUCAAACUGUAGUCUUUCUGGGUGGGGAGAAACUGGGGUCCUGCCCAGCCUGCCUCUUCCCCUCCCCAGCCAGGGUUCCCCAGGGACAAGGGCUGGCCGGGGAGGGGGCCUGUGGAAGGUCCAGGAGAGGAAAGGAGGGACUGGGGUGGUGUGGAGGGCUGGUCCCCCGACACCUGGGUAGAUGGGAUCUUCCGUCUCCUCCACCCUCCAGGAGCAAUGCCUUGGCUUUCUUCGAGAUUUCUCUUCAGGAGAGUUUUGGGGGAUCUGUGAGGGUUGCCCUAAUAGCUGGUGGUGGGAAUGGCCUAGAGGACUAUGUACUGGACCUGGGGGUGGGAAGAUGCUGGGGAGGUGCCUAUGUUCAGAGGCCUUGAUGUACACCGUGUCCCCCAUGUUCCUCUACUGGGGAACUUUCCUUUUCCCUUCACCAGGGUGCCGCCCUUGGUCCUAUGCUUCUUCGUACCGCCCAAUCCUAACCCCCAAAGCUUGGAGUGUCUGAACCCUCUCAACCAGGCUGGCCACCUUGGGGGGGUCUAGACCCACCUAGCUUGUUCCUCUGAUCUUGGGGUUCCUGAGGGGCUCAUGAAGGAACCCCUCAGGCCUUCCUAGAGCACUGGGGUGCUACCUAUGCCUUUCCUAGCAUUUCUCCUUGGGGAGUCAGGGUUGCAGAGGUGGACAAGCCAGCACUCUGGGCCUCUUGGCCACCCCAGCCCUGCCAAGGCUGGCACCCCCUUUCCUUGGCAUGGCAGGACCAUAGCCACUCCCGGGACCUCUGAGCCUGGCUCUUCCCUCCUCCUCCUUCCUUGAAGCGGCAGGCCGUGUCAUUUUGCUUGAGGUGUUGCAUCCUCAAACCUGCUCCUCCUGUUGGCUUGCCUCCUGUGCACCCCUCCCCCAUUAUAGUUUCUCCCCUGGCCUAGGGUUGCCCAUCUCCACCCUCCAAGGUCAAGGGCUUGCCUUUACCUCAGGGAUCCUCUUCCUUUGGAUGAGAGAGCCCUUGGGUUUUCUGGCUGCUUCCUGCUCAGCUGUGCCACCCCUUCUGACACCCUGGACUGGGGACAGGCAGGGAGAACAUGCCCACAGUUUUCUUUUGCUUUUUCAAGAACUGGUUUGCACACCCCUUAUGUGUGGGGCUGGUCUGUGCCUUAGUUCCUGAGUCCUAGCUCAUUUCUCCCCGCCUCUCCAGCCAACUCUGGUGUGGCACCUGUGAGGGUUCCCCAGCUGCCCCCUGCAGGGUCAUGCCAGGUCCCAGGGAACUGGGGUUGUGUUCCCAGCAGCCUCACGGCCAGUGACUGAGUCUUGGAAACAUCUGAACUGCUCCCCUGGGGAGCAGAACAGAAUUUCCGACACUCCAUUCUCUGCACCCCUAGGGGGGAUGGCUGUAACCCCCUUUUCCAGGGUCUAUGGGGACUGCCUCAGGAUUCUCCCUGCCAACAGCAGGAGCAGACUUCCCCAAGGGUGCAGGUGGGGGAGAUGGAGGGACAGCAGCCUCAGCAGGGAGCCCUUGGCUGUAGCCCGUGGCCCUUGCCAACCUGAUGGGCUCACAAGUCCCCACUCUGAUCUGCCUCUGUCCCUCCAGCCCUCCACCCAAAGCCCAUUCAGAUUUUCCUGGCUUAGGGAGUAGACAGACCAGAGCCCUUUAGCUGCCAUCUUGCAAAACUACUUUCUUCUCCCUUCCCAGCUUCAAUAUUUGAAUGGGCAGAUGGGCAGACUGUCUUGGCUCCUCUCUACUUUCGAGAGAAAACCCAGGGGCACAGAAUGGGGCAAGGCACAGGCUGUGUCCCCUCCACCCCUGGGCCUGCUGCUGGCUAAUGGGCACUUGCGCAUCUUCUCUGGGCUCAGCUUUUCCCAUCUAUGAAUGGUGUGAUACCACUUACCUACCUCGCAGGGCUGUUGUGAGGCUUGGUGAGCUUUCGUUUAACAAAUCUUUUUGACUUGGAAAGGGUCUAGAAGGCCAGAUAUUAUAAUUGGAGGAACUGUUUCAAGUUUGUCUGGUCUUCAUCUCCAAGCCCCUCUCUAUAACUCACUCUCUCACUCUAACUCGCUUUUGCUCUCUCUCUCUCUCUGCCCACUCACCCAUCCAUUUCCUCCUUCCUUCCCUCUCUCCAUCCACCCAUCCAUGCAUCCAUCCAUCCAUCCAUCCAUCCAUCCAUCCAUCCAUCCAUCCAUCCAUCCAUGCAUCCAUCCAUCCAUCCAUCCACCUAUAUCAUCUAUGCAUCUUUCCUAUCAUUCAUCUAUCCAUAUCAUCUCUCUCUUUACCAGUCCCCCUUGAAAUUAUUAGAGUCUCUUUAAUGUUAGACACUUUGACUCUAAUGCUCAAAGCUUCUUGUUCACAGCUUUUGUUUCGUGGUUUUCAACAGAGGUGAUUGGACCCAUGGGUGGGACACUUAUGGAGCAAAAUGGAGGCACUACUGGCAUUUAGUGAGUGGGGACUACAAAUGCUAAAGUUAGUUUCCACAACAAAGAAACACCUGCCCUGGUGUUGGGAUCACACCCACAGAGGGACACUGGUAUGGAUGGAUCUGCAGUGGUGUGCGCAGCCAUCUCCCAAGCAGACCCCCAGCGCAUGCAUGUCCCAAGGACACUCUCCAGGGGCAGGUGAAAGUAAUCCCAGGCUUGUGCUUGUAGACAGCCACUUACAAAGCUGGUUUUCAGAGCCCUGGGCAUCUGCAGCUGUGCUGACAGUAGAGUCAUUAAGGCCAAAAACAGCCUUUCUUAGCUUCCUCUCCUUGACCUCAGACUAGGACAUUAGCACUCCAGCCUUUGGUGUCUCCUCAGCAGAAGUUGAACAGAAGGCAGCCAGAAUGAGUGUGUGAUCCUGGAGAGGUGUGGGGGAGGGGCCGAUGGAGUUCAGCCUUCUCACAUCUACCUGGCUGCUUGAGCAAGCUCAAGGUGAAGUGAAGGGGUGAGCUAAUGCUUUGGAGAAGGUGGCAGGUGAGGGUGCCCAUGUGUGGAGUGAGCGCAGUGUGUGCUUGUGGAAGUGCACGGGUGUGGGGUGGGUGGGCUGUACGUGGAGUGCGGAGUAUGGAGUUGUGUGCGAGGCUGAGUGUGCUUUAACAGGGGAGACUCCGCACAUCUCAGGAACCAUCUUUCUAAGCCUGAGCUUUACCUUUUGGGGGCACCCCAUGUUCCUCGGCUUCAUAACUCCAUGACUCCAUCUCACUCUUACAGCCAGCUGCCAUCAGAGUGCUGGGGGGAGGGAGUGCCAGGAAGAGGGGGGACCACUCGGGAAAAUCCUAUGGCUUGCUUCACUUUACUUUGUCCCAGGUUGGAGUCCCUACCCUCCCACCUCCCACCUGAUAUGCAGCGCUUUUGACUAUCUUAUGCAUGGUUUAUUCCUCUGGCUUGGAUGACAGCAAUAUCCAUAGUCAAUUUUCCUAUAUAACUUUAGAUCAACUUGAUGCAGCAAAGGGCCUUGGGGGGGGUCUCGGGUCGGCAGGUGCCUCUGGGAGGUACAGAUGUGCACACACCCAACACUGACUUGUAUUCAAGCACAGAAGGGAUGUGAUCAGACUGUCUGGCCUUUAUAAUGUGUUUUGCAUUGUAGAAUUUUAUUUAGCUUUGCCUUGGAUGGAAUAAAAAUUAUGUUUAA